AUGGCUUUGCCUAGUAGCUUGAAAGCCACUGCAGACCAUCACUCUGGACAGUCGUCCGAUCUUGAUAUUUGCAAUCCCAAGAUCGUUCAUCGCAAUCGGCUACCAACCCGUUCCUACUGGAUCCCAGAGAAAUCGCUGCUUCUGAAUGGCACGUGGGGGUUUGUGUAUUCUCCGACACCCAAGCAUGCCCCACACCCCACACUGUACUCCGAUGGCCUUAGUAGCCUCGUAGAUGCUCUUACGGUCGAUGGUAGCGAGGGUCAGACAGCAGAUAUCAAAUGGUCUUCAAUAACCGUACCAGGACAUUGGCAGCUACAGGGCUAUGGCAAACCUCACUACACCAACACGGUCUACCCAUUCCCUGUAUGCCCGCCUUAUGUACCUACAGAAAACCCUACCGGAACGUAUCGUAGGAACUUCUUCGUUCCUUCGUCCUGGUCUGAGGACUCUCAAAUUCGUCUUCGAUUUGAUGGCGUUGACAGUGCCUAUCAUGUCUAUCUCAAUGGACAGAAGGUCGGCUAUUCUCAAGGAUCUAGGAAUCCUGCCGAGUUCGACAUUACCAACUUUGUCAAUCGUGGGGAAGAUGUAAAUCGUCUCAUCGUCAAUGUCUAUCAAUGGUGUGAUGGAUCUUAUAUCGAGGACCAAGAUCAAUGGUGGCUCUCAGGUAUUUUCCGAGAUGUGCACUUAAUCUGUUUUCCGAGUAAGACUCGAAUUGAGGACGUGUUCAUCAAGACGGAGCUUGACGAAGAUUACCGAGAUGCCAAGUUGCAUGUCGAGCUGGACCUUACCAUUCACGAAGCAGCCGAGGCAACGGUUUCUUUGAAAAGCUCGAGUGGCUCUUUGAUCAUCAACGAGAAAAUCCAGCUCUCUGCUGAUGCAUCCCGCGGCUCGCACACAUUCGCAGUGUCCAAUCCUGCCAAGUGGACUGCAGAAGCACCUCAUCUCUAUUCUCUGGAGAUAGAUCUGCUUGGACCUAGCUCUGGAAAAUCGAUUCAGACAGUCAAGCAACGAGUCGGAUUCAGAUCUGUUGGCAUCAUCAGAGGCAACAUCUGCGUCAAUGGAAAGCCUCUUCUCCUGAGAGGCGUCAAUCGCCAUGAUCAUCACGCAUUGUUCGGUCGCGCUGUACCUCUGGCGUACAUGCGAAGAGACAUAAUGAUCAUGAAGCAGCAUAACAUCAAUGCUCUGCGCACCUCUCACUACCCCGCCAAUCCAAAGCUGUACGAACUUUGCGAUGAACUUGGUCUAUGGGUCAUGGACGAAGCCGAUCUCGAAUGUCAUGGCUUCUACGAUGCUGUGGAGCGUCCUCAGAAUCUGCCUCCAGAUAUGGAUUACGAGGAGCGCAAGAAGUACACCUUCGACAAGGCAGCCAAGUUCACAAGCGACAAUGAAGACUGGAAGACUGCCUACCUGGACCGAAUGGUGCAAUUGGUAGAAAGAGAUAAGAACCAUCCUUCUGUCAUCAUGUGGUCCCUUGGAAAUGAAGCCUUCUACGGUCGAAAUCACGUGGCAAUGUACGAAUGGGCAAAAUCUCGAGACCCAGAGCGUCCCGUCCACUACGAAGGAGAUGUCAAGGCAGCAUCAGCUGACAUGUUCUCUUACAUGUACCCUUCUAUUGAGAAGCUAGUCGGUCACGCAACCGAAGAAGGUGAUGACUUCGAGAAGCCUAUCGUGCUCUGCGAAUACGGACACGCUAUGGGCAACGGCCCAGGACUUCUCGAGGACUACCAAGAGGCUUUCCGCACACACAGAAGACUACAAGGAAGUUUCGUCUGGGAGUGGGCAAAUCACGGCUUGAGAAAGGUAGAAGGGGACAAGGAGUUCUAUGCUUACGGUGGAGACUUUGGAGAUUUUCCAAAUGAUGACACUUUUGUCAUGGACGGCCUCCUCUUCAGCGACCACACACCAACCCCAGGCCUAGUAGAGCUGAAGAAGGUCAUCGCUCCUGUUCGCAUCUCGACUGAAGGCAAGAAGCUGGUCGUCAAGAACGAUUAUGAGUUCAUUACUCUGGGUCAUUUAAUUGCCGAUUUCAAGGUCGAGGUUCUUGGUAUCAGACCAGACCGUGUCCUGUCGGGCCCAAUCCAGCUCCCACACAUUGAGCCUGGCUCUGAAGCUAAAAUUGAUUUGCCAGAGGAGAUCUUCGACGUGCAACGGCCUGAUGGAACAGAAGUGUGGUUGACCAUUGACUUCCGUCUCGGUGUUGCGACUCCUUGGGCCGAGGCUGGACACAGCAUCACAUGGUAUCAGACACGACUCUCAGCCAAAGACGACGACUUCACAUACGGUAUUGAAAGACCAAUCAUGUCGAGCGCGAUCACCGCCCAUGAGACUGCGCUUCAUUACAGAUUUAUUGGCUGUGACUUCCACUUCAACUUUUCUCGCUCCAGAGGAUCACUGGUCGAAUGGGUGUACGGCGGUAGAUCCGUCCUCAAAAAGCGUCAGACUCCAGACGACCCACUCCUCGCUCUGGACUUCUGGCGAGCACCAACAGACAAUGAUGCCGCAUCCAUCACCAAAGAAUGGAAACGCUACGGUCUCAAUACCAUGACGCCACAACUCCGUAGCUUCGAGCUUGAAGACAACGGUCCUGACAAAGUGCGUCUAACCGCUGUAUACUACUACAGCCCACCAGUCCUAGCCUGGGGCCUCAACGCCAAAGUGACCUACGAAAUUUCCUCCGCAGGUCAGCUUUCAGUAAAAGUACACCUCACACCCCAAGGCAACGCACCAACCACACUCCCCCGAGUAGGCUUGAAUCUCCAACUCGAUCCUUCCUUCAAACAAGCAACAUGGUACGGUCUCGGCCCCGGAGAAUCUUACAGCGACAAAGCCACUUCGCAACAAAUCGGCAUCUGGAACUCGACGAUCCGCGGUUUGCAGACACCUUACGAGGUUCCUCAAGAAAACGGCAAUCGCAUCUCUACUCGUUGGGUCAAAGUUUUGAAUGAACAAGGAUUGGGUAUCAAAGCAACGUACCGUCCUGGUCCUGCUGAAAAGGAGUUUUUCCAAUGGGCAUGUUGUAUACAUGAUGCGGAUGUGCUUGAGAAGGCUAGACACCCUUGUGAUUUGGUAGAGAGGAAUGGUCCUCUUUGGAGAUUGGAUGCUGAUAACGCAGGUGUGGGAACGGCAGCUUGUGGUCCAGGUGUCAAGAAGGAAGAUCAGGUAGAGUGUAGGGAGAGAGAGUUCACGUUUGUGCUUGAGCCUGCUAUAGACUUUUAG